AUGGCGGUGGCCCGCUCUUGGCUAACGGCCGCAUUUCUGGUGUUCCUGCUCGUCGCCGGCAUGGCCACGGCGGAGGACGAGGUCGUCCAAGAGGAAGGCUACAUUGGAUAUGGGGCCAUAGGCAAGGGGGCCGGGUGCGGUGGGGGAAAGAGGCCCUGCCGCGGUGUUUCCAAUCCAGCCAACCACUACAGGCGGGGCUGCUCGCCUCUCAACCGCUGCCGUGGUGACCCCCCCGGUUCGGAAGGGGAAGAAGCGAAGAAUUGA